AUGAUUCCUGCGGGGCUCCGGCGCUGCGGGACUGCGGAGCCGGGGCUCGGGGGGCGCUGCGGCCGCAGCGGGGCCCCGUCACCAUCCGAGGAGCGGCGGCGGCAGCUCGGGCGCCCACUCUGGCCUCAGGACGCCGCCGCGCGACCCGCAGUGCCGCCCCUGGACAGGCGGGGGAGGAGGCUGGGGGGGCGGGGAGGGGGGGAGCGGCUCCGUCCCGGGUCCGGAGGCUGCGAGUGGGUGCAGGGCUGGCCCGGCUCCGCGGCCCCCUUCCCCUCCCCCCCGCCGCCGCGGCGGAGCCUUAGUCAGCGGCCCCCCAUGCCCCCGGGGGCGGCGGCGCCGGGCCGGGAGAGCGUAGCCGCGGCGGGAGCGCCGGCAGCUUCAGCACCGCGGCCAGCGCCGGCCUGGGCAGCACCGCGGCCAGCGCCCGGGCGUGCUCCCCCGGCGCGGGCGGCGAGGGGCGGGCGGCGGGGGCUCGGCCGCCGGGCGGGGGUCCUCGGCGGGGGUCUCUGCAAGGCUUGCUUUAUUGUUCUGCAGCCCGAGCGAGCGGCGGCGGCGGCGGCGGCGGCGGCGGCGGGCGGGGGUCCUCGGGGGGAGGGGUGCGCAGGGAGGGCGGGCGGAGGGAGGGGGCGGGGCAGGGGCUUCGGGGGCGGGGCUCGGCGUUCGGACGGCUCCGGGGCCCGGCCUCGCGAGCCCGCAGCCUCCUCUGCCUGCGGCCGGGCCCAGCCUCUGGCUUUUAAAGCCCAGGAGCGGGGGGAGGGGGAGCGGGGGGAGGGGACAGAGGCCGGCGGAAAUGGCUGCGCAGGGCCGGUGCGGGCCGGGGUCUCCUGGGAGGGGUCCCGGGGAUGCCUGGGCCUCGGCGUGCGGGGAGGUCCCCCGCGCUGCUCGGGGAGUGGCUGCCCAGCGGCCGGCGGCAUCGCCGCGCGCGUGGGGAGAGGUGGAACGGGGCUGGGCCCGCGCGCCCCGCACUCGGGGGCGUUUGGGGAGGUGCGCGAGGCGGGCAGCGGUCGUCUCGGUCCGGCCUGCCUCGCUGGGGGCCUGGAGGCGCGGGAUCUGCGGAGGCGGGUGGGGGAGGCGGGAGACGAAGGAGCGAGUGCUGAGGCAGCGAAAGCGCAGUGUGGGCGCGCGGCGUGCGCCCUGUGCCGCAGUGUCUCCUGCCACUCGGUCACCCGGGCUGACCCCGUGCCCGCUGGAGGGGCCUCCCCGCCCCCGCCUCUCUCCCGUGGGGCGGAUGCGGAGCGCAGCGGCGUCACAGCGAGCAGGCUUUGGAGGGGGAGUGGGACUGCCAUGCCCCUGCUCCAAACUUCGGUUUCACUGGAGGUUUUCCGCCCUUCCGCGCGGCUGCAGCUCCCCCCAGGCGGCUCCGCAACCAGGCGGACAACCCUUCCCGCGGCCGCGCGCCCGGAGUGUGCAGCCGCCAUGACGUCAGGCCCGGCGGCCAAUGGCUGGGCGCGGGGACCCCGGCCGCACAAUGCCGCGCGCGGGCGCAUAUGUCCCCAAUUACGGCCCGGCGCCGCCAUUGUCCCCUCAUCCGCCCCCGCCCGGUCCUUCGGAUCUCCAUGCUGCAAGCGCGCCCCCACGCGGCCAGCUGUCGUUGGGGACCAAGGUCGCAGAGUUGGCCCCGGGGAGGGCCGGGGCGCCGCUGAGCCAGCAGCGCGCACCAAGCGGGGGCGCGCACUCGUCGCUCCACGCGGUGACCUUGUGCGCGGCGGCGCGCCCGGGUCUGCCCGCGCCCAGCCUGGAGGGGGCGGACUCGCCGGCUGA